AUGUUGCUCUCUUCGGCGGCCCUCAUUCACUCGCAACAACAACAACAACAACCUUCCUCAUCCUCAUCAUCCUCAUCACCACCACCACCCUUAUCAUCACUUCUUGCCAACAAUAUGGCCUAUUCUCUGAGUGAAUGGUUCCAUCAACAUUCCAUCAAUAGAAUUACUCCUCAUGAUAUCAGUAUUGCUAUUUUAAUUGAUAUUACAAGAGAAUCUGAUGGAUUGGAUCAUCAUCAUCAUUCCUUUACUCGAUUACCCGAAUUAAAGGAACAAACCAUUGCAACCAACAAAUUUAUUAUGGAUUGUAUUCAACACGUACAUACUCCCAUAUUCGGAACCAUCAAUCGAUUCAUUACGGAAUUAACCAAUGUAAAUCCAGAUCUAGUUCAACCAUUUAUUUCUACUUUCUCAUCCAUUGAUAAUAUUGAUGCUCUAUUCACAUUAUUUGACAAAUUUAAAACCAUUCAAGUGAAUAAGACUUCUAUUUUCGGAAUAUUUCUUCGUAAAAUUAUUUUAAUAUUUAAUAAUUUAUUAUUUGAUGGAGUCAAGACAUUAUUUGAUAAUUUGAUGAAAUACAAAUCCAAUCAGCCAAUGUUACUUUUAAAUCAGGAUACUAUUGAAUGUACUUUUCAGUUAUUCCCUUUUACUACGGCUACUACUCCUGUUAUUGCAAAUAGUCGUACAACCACUACUACUACCACCGCUACUACUUGUUCAACAACUCCUCCUCAGAAUUCCUUUGGUUCUGAUUCUGUUCACUCUGUGAGCAAAAUAUUUCCAAAAUUGUAUUAUCAUAAUUAUAUUCAAAGUUGUAAAGAAAUGGAUUUUGUGAAUGCCAAUUUCUUUCUUCAUAUUUAUUAUGAUUAUUUUCAAAAUAGAUCCUAUUCUUCAUUGAACAAAUCUCUACUCUAUUAUCAUUUUAAAUAUUACAAACAAGCAACCAUUUCCUUAAAAGAGAGUAUUAAAAUUGCUCAACAAAAUAAUGAACAUGAAUCUCUAUUAUUAUCCUUAAUCAUUUUAUACAAAAUCAAAAUGAUUGAAUAUUUUCAUAAUGAAUCAAAGAAUGUGGAAUUAUUUAUUUUACAAGCAUUGAAAUUUGCACAAACUCAACCCAAUCAAUCACUCUCUUUUAUUUCCUUUUUUAUUACUCUCGAUUAUAUUCAAUUCAAAUUAUUAACUGGAUUUCAUGAUGAAGAAAUUCGUUUACAAUUAUAUUUAUUAUUGAAAAAGUGUGAACAGGUAUCCUUUCAAGAAUUGCAAGAAUUCAAUCAAUUCAAUUCUAAAAUACCAUUAUUUCCCAAGUCUCUAUUGAAUCAUGUAAAAUUACAUUUUUAUCGAUUCAUUGGUGAUCGAUUGUUGUAUCAAUGUCAUUUGAGAUUGUGUGGAAGUAGUAGUAUGACAAUGACGACGACGACGAGUGGACACUUGAGAUCUCCAUUCACUGGUCGAUUGAAAUCACCUCUAAGGUCACCUCUCAUUCUGAAAUCACCAUCCAUUCAAUCACCUCUAAGGUCACCAUCCAUCUCAUCAAAUACCACAAAUACCAACACCUCCUCCUCUUUACAAUCACCCUCCUCCUCGAAAUCUUGUUCAUCAUCUCUUCAAUUAGGAUUCACAAGAGAUUUUUUAGACUUGUAUUCAGAUUAUGAAUUAUUAUCUUCAAAAUCAAUUCCAAAUUCAGAUCAUACAUGUUAUAGAAUCAUCAUUGUGCAUUUCAUUCAAUUACAAGAUCGUGAAAAUGUGAAUCUUCUAAUGAAUCAAUUUAGAAAUAUGAUUGAUCCAUCAUUGACUAUUGAUCAAUGUGAUUUAUUAUAUUUAGAGUCACUCAUAGCCUAUUACAUGGAUGAAAAUAUUCAUCAAGCUAUCUCUAAAUUCAUUUCAUGCUUCAAAUUGGCUGAGAAAUUUAAUUUUAUUCAAUUACUGAGUGUAUAUUUAGAAAAUUGUGAAUUAUUGAAAAAUAAGGAAACUUCAACUCUGUUAAUGUCUUAUCUAUUCAAAGCAAUUGAUUAUUGUGAAAAGAAUCAUUUAGAAACAUAUAAGAGUCGAUGUUUAUUAUAUUUGAAUCAUCAUCCCAUGUCCUUCAUGUGGUCAUGUGAUGGGAAUGGUCGGCAUGGAUUGUCUUGUCCAACAACAACGAUCAUGUCAAUGACACCUCCUCCUCCUCCUCCAACAACAACAACAACCACUGUCAUGACGAGUAGUAGUAUUGAUAGUACUACUGCUACAACCACUGCCAUGACGAGUACCAAUACUACUACUACUCUACCACUUUCAACAGCUAAUAGUAUUCCAACUAGUGUUGCCAUGACUAGUACUACUACAACUACUACUACUGCAACCAUAUCACCAUUAUUAUCACCACCACUACCAAACAAUACAAUGAAUACUUUACUCACUCAUGGUAGUCAAACAGAUAUUGCCUAUUAUUAUGAAAUACUUGGCACAAGGUACAAUCAUGUGGAAUAUUUGAAGAAAUCAUUAUCUCUCUAUUUGAAAUCAUUUUGUUUAAUUCAGAGUAGAUUUUUGUGUUACAAAUUGGCUCAAUUGACCAAAGAUGUCUACUAUUGUAAAUUGUAUUGCAACAUUCAUAAGGAAUUGAGAAAGAGUCAUACAAGUGUAUUAUUGCAGAAUGAUACACCAUUACCAUUGGAUACUAUCAUCGAUCGAUCUGUGGAAUACUUCAAAAUGACUCUGAAAUCAAUUCAACAGAUUUGA